AGCUUUUAUAUAGUUUUCAAAUUCUCUGUUUCUCUCUGACAACACCCCACUUCCCCUUUGUCCCUACACCACUUCUUACCAAACUCUCACAUCUUCCUCCUCCUCCUCCUCUUCUGCGUCUUCCAUUUAACAACAUCCAUGUCGCAUAAUUAAUAUAUAUAUCAUUCCAUCUAGCUACCACCAACAUUAGCAGACAUAUUAUAUUCCUCUUCUCGCUCUUCUCGCUUGUUAACAAUGUCUUCCAGAAGAUCUUCCUCCUCCCGUUCCAGACCAUCCGGUGCUUCCUCUGAUAUCACUGAAGCUCAGAUCAACGAUCUUGUCUCCAAGUUACAACAACUCAUCCCUGAGCUUCGCUCUCCACGUCGUUCCGACAAGGUUUCUGCUUCAAAGGUGUUACAGGAGACUUGUAACUACAUAAAGAGCUUGCACAGAGAAGUUGAUGAUCUAAGUGAGAGAUUGUCUGAGCUCUUGGCCAACACCGACUUCAACAGUGCUCAAGCCGCCAUUAUUAGAAGCCUUCUUAUGUAAUAACUAACAGCACUACGUGUUAUCUAAGAAAUAACUUAUACUCCAAAUAUGAUCGAGAUCAUAUUAUAUAUAUAUAUAUAUAUAUAUCCACGAGGUUAUUUAGAGUGUGUUAUUUUAUGUAUUAGUGUGACCUUCUACUUCUUGCUUAGACGACUACUGUUUAAUCUAGUAUUUAUGUGAUGUA